AUUGACAGUGUUGUCCUCCCCUAUAUUAUAUUCUUUUUUUUUUGCGGGGCUCCCCGAUGUAUUUUUUGGAAAAGUUGUGCCGAAUAUGCGUUCAAAACGGUCGCGGUUUGGUGGACAUAAACACGAUAGAUUUCGAUUCGGUGCGGUUGAGCGACAAAUUGGAAACUUGCACCAGUUUGGUUCUCUCAAAAGACGAAGUAUCGACAGAAAUAUGCGAAAAAUGCGUAAACAAACUCAGAGUCUCCUACCAUUUCCUCGACAUGUGCAAGAAAAGUACAAAAAUCAUUCAGGGAUACUUGAACAAACUGACCGCACAAGAAAACAAGGCCGACUUUAAAAACUUCGAUCUCAGAGUGGACUUGGAAGAUCUCCCGCCACAAUUCGAUGAAACACUUGACCAAAACGAAAUCCAGCCUGAUAAUAACACUAUUAUAAAACGCAAACAAAGAAUCACGAAAGAACAAAGAUGUUCGCUGUUGAAACAGUUACUUAACAGGCCUAAAAAGGACAGAGAUAAAUCGUACUUUACUCAAAACGAUAACAGCGAUUAUGAUAAAGGUGGCCUAAAAAACAUCAUAGAUUUCACUAGGAAUUAUGAGUUUAAUUUGGACAAAAAUUGCAACAUUGAAUCAACUCCUUUGGACAAACUUACAGCAUUCAGCACCAACUAUUUUACAAGAGAUUUUUCAGAUUUUAAAAACCACGUUUUAUAUGUCAUAGAGAAUCGACAAGAAUUUGAAUAUUAUAGUGAUGAUGAUUGUAGUUAUGAAGAUGAGCAGUUUGAACAUGUCACAGUUGAACCUGAUAUUAAAAUCAAAAGCGAAAUAGACAGUAGUGAAGAAGACCAAUGUCCUUUGGACUAUUUGGAAACUUCUUUUGAAGUGAAACAAGAAAGAUUAUCUCCGGAACCAGUCAGUAUUAAUUCUUCGGUUAAACUAUUGGAUAGGCUAGUGUCUAGUUAUCCUAUUGGUGCCAGAAAAGUGUUUUCUCAGAAUAAUGUGCGAUGUCGCACCAGGGAGCAACCUUAUAUUAAUCCUAUGCUAAAAAAUCAGUUCCUUUACAGAAGUUUUAGGUGCGAAAGGUGUAACAGAUAUUUUAAGAGCCAAGGGUAUCUUAAAGCACACAACUCAAAGGUACACUGAUAUGUGAAUUUUCUCAGGGGUGUGAAUUUUAAAAUAACUCUUGAAGCUUUUGAGUAUUAAAUUCGCUAUUGCCAAAUAAUAAACACACUCAUAAUUGUGCAAAUUUAUCUUGUGUUUGAAGCAAUAUAAUAUACAAAAUGUUUCCUAUAUAUCAUUGAUAUUUUUCAAUGAGAAAAAUAUUAUGGCAAUUCCAGUUGUGCAAAUUGUCAAACCCUAGUUAAUAAAAGAUUUAAAAAAUCUUUAUGUAUUUAAAAUUAAUGUUGUGUCAGUUUUUCAAAAAAAAAAACCAAUGUGAUUCUAUUAUGCGUCCUAAAGUAAGAAAGGACACUAUAAAACCAAGCCAAGGUUUCUAAAAUUCAUAGGUUGUCUGGUAAUGGGUAACUUGAUGACGCAUCUGGGGUGUCUUAUAGAGAUUUGCAUUAUUUUGAGCCAUACAGAUGACGUCAUAAAAGUUAUAAGGCAACCUCGUUUUAAAAAACCUUGAAACCAAGCAUUAUUAUUAAUAAAAGUGUCCUUUUUUUUAGUUCUGUUUUCAAUUGCGCUUGUCCUAGAUUCAAAAUCUCAGGACAGCUCUUGUUCAAUCCGAAUUUACGAUUACUAUAGAUAAGUACUUAUUAUACACGUUUUAAAUGUUUGUACCUUAUUCCGAAUUAAUUUUUAAGGGAAAUAUUAUAUUAUUGUAAAAUGAUUGGUAACUUGUAAGCUCUGUUUUUUCUUUUUUUAAUUUUGUUAAAUAUUUUAAAUAAAUUAUUUGAUUUUA